GGAGAGCAUGGCGGGGGCCGGGGCCGCGCUGCUGGCCCUAGUCCUGCGGCUCGGGAGCCUGGCGCUGGCAGCGACCAGGGCUGCUGGAGAUGGGGCUGUCCCUAGGGAGCUUCCUGGGCUUGCUGACAUCCAUGACUACCAGCAACAGGUGCCAGCCGGCUCCUCCAUCCUUGCUGGGGCUACCCAGGAGCAGUGGCGCCCCCUGAAGGAGUGGCUGGGACGGCUGGAGGCUGAAGUGACCCAGCUCAGAGAGCAGAACAAGGACCUGCAGGCAAGAGUAAGGCAGCUGGAGUCCUGUGAGUGCCGCCUGGUCUCUCCCCAGUGCUGGGGACUGGGGCGCACCUGGCCUGAGGGGGCUCGCUGGGAGCCGGAUGCCUGCACAGCCUGUGUCUGCCAGGAUGGAGCUGCACACUGUGGCCCCCAGCCUGACUUGCCCCAUUGUCAUGGCUGCAGCCACAACGGCCAGGCCUACAGCAAUGGGGAAACCUUCUCUCCAGACUCCUGUACCACUUGCCGCUGCCUGGCAGGGACCGUGCAGUGCCAGGGGCCCUCAUGCUCCGAACUCAACUGUCUGGAGAGCUACACCCCACCUGGGGAGUGCUGCCCCGUCUGCCGGCCAGGCUGUGAGUAUGAGGGGAAGCUUUAUGAGGAGGGGACCAGCUUCCUGUCCAGGUCCAACCCUUGCCUGCAAUGUUCCUGCCUGAGGAGCCUGGUUCGCUGUGUGCCCAUGAAGUGCCCACCCAGCCCCUGUCCUGAACCAAUCCUGAGGCCUGGGCACUGCUGCCCAGCCUGUCAAGUCCGAGGCUGCACAGAAGGUGACUCUCACAGGGAACAUGGCCAAGAGUGGACCACACCUGGGGACCCCUGCAGGAUCUGCGGGUGCCUGGAGGGCCACAUCCAAUGCCGCCAGCAACAAUGUGCCAGUUUGUGUCCAUACCCUGCCCGGCCCCUCCCAGGCACCUGCUGCCCAGUGUGCGAUGGUUGUUUCCUAAAUGGACGAGAGCACCGCAGCGGGGAGCCUGUGGGCUCUGGGGACCCCUGCUUGCACUGCCGAUGUGCUAACGGGAGUGUCCAGUGUGAGCCUCUACCCUGCCCACCUGUGCCCUGCAGAUACCCAGGCAGGAUUCCCGGGCAGUGCUGCCCAGUCUGUGAUGGCUGUGAGUACCAGGGACACCAGUAUCGGAGCCAGGAGACCUUCAGGCUCCAAGAGAGUGGCCGCUGUGUCCACUGCUCUUGCCAGGCUGGCGAGGUCUCCUGUGAGGAGCAGGAGUGUCCAUUUGCCCCCUGUGCCCCAUCUGCCUCGGGUCCCCAGCCCUGCUCAGCCUGUGUGCUCAAUGGAGAGGAGUUUGCUGAAGGGGUCCAAUGGGAACCCGAUGACCAGCCCUGCACUGCCUGCUCUUGUCAAGAUGGUGUACCAGUGUGUGGGGCUGUACUGUGUCCCCCACCCCUCUGCCAGCACCCCACUCAGCCCCCUGGUGACUGCUGCCCCAACUGUGAGAGCUGCACCUACCACGGUCAAGUGUAUACCAAUGGGCAGAACUUCACAGAUGUGGACAGCCCUUGCCACAUCUGCCGCUGUGAGGAUGGGACUGUGAGGUGCUCCUUGAUUGACUGCCCUCCCACGACCUGCGCCAGGCCCCAGAGUGGUUCCCGCCAGUGCUGCCCCAGGUGCCCAGACUGCAUCCUGGAGACACAGGUGUUUGUGGACGGUGAGAGUUUCUCCCACCCUGGAGACCCCUGCCAGGAGUGCCACUGUCAGGAAGGCCAGGCCCGCUGCCAGCUUCGUGCCUGCCCCAGGGCCCCCUGUACCCACCCGCUGUUGGGUACCUGUUGCCGGAGUGACUGCAGUGGCUGUGCCUUUGGUGGGAAAGAAUACCCCAACGGAGCCGACUUCCCCCACCCCUCUGACCCCUGUCGUCUGUGUCACUGUCUGAGCGGCAACGUGCAGUGCCUGGCGCGCCGUUGCCCGCCGCUGUCCUGUCCAGAACCGAUCGUGGUGCCCGGAGACUGCUGCCCGCAGUGCCCGGCCGUCCCCGCCGGCUGCCCGCGGCCCGGGAGCGCGGUCCCCGCCGGCCACCAGGAGCACUUUACCCCGCCCGGCGACCCCUGCCGCCGCUGCCUCUGCCUCAACGGCUCUGUGUCCUGCCAGCGGCUGCCCUGUCCGCCCGCGCCCUGCGCCCACCCGCGCCAGGGUCCCUGCUGCCCCUCCUGCGACGGCUGCCUGUACCACGGGAAGGAGUUUGCCAGCGGGGAGCGCUUCCCGUCGCCCAGCGCCGCCUGCCACGUGUGCCUCUGCUGGGAGGGCAGCGUGGGCUGCGAGCCAAGGGCUUGUGCCCCUGCACAGUGCCCCUUCCCCGCCAGGGGCGACUGCUGUCCUGCCUGUGAUGGCUGUGAGUACCUGGGGGUGUCCUAUCUGAGCAGCCAGGAGUUCCCGGAUCCCCGAGAAGCCUGUAAUGUGUGCAACUGCCUUGGAGGCUUUGUGACUUGCAGCCGCUGGCCCUGUGAGCCUCCAGGCUGCAGCCACCCCCUCACCAUGCCUGGACAUUGCUGCCCAAUCUGCCAGGGAUGCCUGUAUCAUGGGGUCACUGCUGCCCCUGGAGAGACUUUCCCUGAUCCACUUGAUCCCACCUGCUCUCUCUGCACCUGCCAGGAAGGUUCUGUAAGCUGCCAGAAGAAACCAUGCCCCCCAGCUCUGUGCACACACCCCUCUCCUGGCCCCUGCUUCUGUCCUGUUUGCCAUAGCUGCCUCUCUCAGGGCCAGGAGCACCAGGAUGGGGAGGAGUUUGAGGGACCUGCAGGCAGCUGUGAGCGCUGUAGCUGUCAGGCUGGUCACGUGAGCUGUGUUCGGUUGCGGUGCCCGCCCCUGCCCUGCCUGCUCCAGGUCACAGAGCCAGGGAGCUGCUGUCCUCGCUGCAGAGGCUGCCUGGCUCAUGGGGCGGAGCACCCUGAAGGCAGUAGCUGGGUGCCCCCAGACAGUCCCUGCUCCUCCUGCAUGUGUCAUGAGGGCGUCGUCACCUGUGCCCGUGUCCAGUGUGUUAGCUCCUGCACCCAGCCCCACCAGGGGCCCAAUGACUGCUGCCCUCGAUGCUCUGGCUGUGAGCAUGAGGGGCAGAAGUACGGGCCCGGGGAAAUCUUCCAGCCUGGGGCAGACCCCUGCCAUGUGUGCAUCUGUGAGCCACAGCCUGAGGGACCUCCCAGUCUUCACUGUCACCGACGGCAGUGUCCCAGCCUGGUGGGCUGCCCAGAUAGCCAGCUUCUGCCCCCUGGACCCCAGCACUGCUGUCCCACCUGUGCCCAGGCACUGAGUAACUGCACAGAAGGCCUGCUGGGGUCUGAACUGACUCCACCAGACCCCUGCUACACCUGCCAGUGCCAGGAUCUGACAUGGCUCUGCAUUCACCGGACCUGUCCUGAGCUCAGCUGUCCCCUGUUGGAGCGCCACACCCCCGCUGGGAGCUGCUGCCCGGUGUGCCAGGCCUCCAACCAGUCGUGUGAGCACCAGGGCCGCCAGGUAGCCUCCGGGGAGCGCUGGGCGGUGGAUACCUGCACCAGCUGCUCCUGCGUGGCCGGCACCGUGCGCUGCCAGAGCCAGCGAUGCCCGCCGCUCUCAUGUGGCCGGGACGAGGCCCCUGCCCUGAGUCCUGGCAGCUGCUGUCCCCGCUGCCUGCCCCGGCCUGCUUCCUGCAUGGCCUUCGGAGACCCCCAUUACCGCACCUUCGACGGCCGUCUGCUGCACUUUCAAGGCAGCUGCAGCUACGUGCUGGCCAAGGACUGCCAUGGCGGGGACUUCAGUGUGCAUGUGACUAACAAUGAUCGGGGCCGGAGUGGCGUGGCCUGGACCCAGGAGGUGACAGUGCUGUUGGGGGACGUGGCUGUGCGGCUGCUGCAGGGCAGGACAGUCACGGUGGACCAGCGCCCAGUGGCUUUGCCUUUCCUGCAGGAGCCGUUGCUUUACGUGGAGCUGCGGGGUCGCACAGUGAUUCUGCACGCCCAGCCUGGGCUCCAGGUGCUGUGGGAUGGGCAGUCCCAGGUGGAGGUGAGCGUGCCCGGCUCCUACCGGGGCCAGACUUGCGGGCUUUGUGGGAACUUCAAUGGCUUUGCCCAGGAUGAUCUGCAAAGCCCUGAUGGGCUGCUCCUGCCCACGGAGGCUGCAUUUGGGAAUAGCUGGCAGGUCCCAGAAGGCCCAGGGCCUAGCCGGCCCUGUUCUGAGGGUCAAGAGGUGGAUCCAUGCCGGACAGCAGGUUACUGGGCCAGGCGUGAGGCCAAUGCCAGGUGUGGGCUGCUAAAGUCAUCACCGUUCAGUCGCUGCCAUGCUGUUGUGCCACCAGAGCCCUUCUUUGCUGCCUGCGUGUAUGACCUGUGUGCUUGUGGCCAUGGCUCCUCAGCAGAUGCCUGCCUCUGUGAUGCUCUGGAAGCCUAUGCCAGCCACUGUCGCCAGGCGGGGGUGACACCUGUCUGGAGAGGCCCUACACUCUGUGUGAUGGGCUGUCCCCUGGACCGAGGUUUCGUGUUUGAUGAGUGUGGACCACCCUGUCCCCGUACCUGUUUCAACCAGCAUGUCCCCCUGGGGGAGCUGGCAGCCCACUGCGUGAGGCCCUGCAUUCCUGGCUGCCAGUGUCCUGCAGGCCUGGUGGAGCAUGAGACCCACUGUAUACCACCUGAGGACUGUCCCCCCUUCCUGCUCACCGGAGACCAGCCACUCCACAACCUGCCCAGCCUCAGCCGGGAGCAGCCCCUGGCUCCACCCUGAGCCAGGGGGACCCAAAACUAGAACUCAUCAGUCCAGAAGUCUCCCUUUGGCGAGCAGCAACCACCGGGCCAGAGCUGCAGGGACAGUGCCCUGCUCA